AUGAAUUUGUAUGAUGCACUAGGAAAUGCUGCAUUAAGUGAAAAUAAUAACGAGGAUUUCAAAAAAUUAAUUCUUAAAAGUGAAAGUUUUAUUGAUGAUGUUUUACAUCAACAACUAAAAGAAAGGCAAAAAAAGAGAGAUGACAUACUUCAAGACAUAUUUGAUAUGGAAAUACUAGUCGAAAAUCUCAAACUGUUUAUCAACAUGAAGGAUCAAAAAGAAAUAGAAACGCUUACACUACUAGGUUGUGACAGUUACGCUUAUGCAGACAUAAUAGACAAGAACAAAAUUUUCAUACAAAUAGGAUAUGAAUUCUACUUAGAAAUGCCUCUAGAAGAUGCCAUAGUAUUCUUGAAAAGGAAAAUAAAUCUUUAUGAAGAAAAACUGGUCUACUGGAAUAAACAAAUAUCACGAAUUAAAGCACACAUACAAAUAUUAAUGAGAGCUCUUUCAAAUUUGGCUUGA